CCUCAAGUAGACCUAGUGAUAUUCAAUCAAGUUUUAAUCAAAAGAAUUGGCUUCUGACAACAACCACUUGGGAGGGGAGAACAUUCCUGUCUGAACUCGACCGGAAUUGACAAGAAAGGUCUUGCAAAAUGGUCAGGAAGUCUGCUUGAAAUUAAAGCAGUCAAGAGUGUGUACAGUAAUGGUAACCCUCUUCCUGAAAAUGUACCAUCCUGUAGAUUUUCAUUUCAACCCCAAUUUGGCAUACCUGACGACUAAUUAUCAGCUCAAUGCAGAUCUUUAGCUGUUAAUUGAGAUGUGCUUUAUUGGGGUUGGAGUGAAGACCUAGAGGACGUUAGAUAUACAGGACUAGGGUUGAUAACCAGUGGUGUACAGGGUGUGCAUAAUAAUUGGCAGCAUUCAGGUUUUUUUUUUUUUUCUUAAGGGGCUAAAAGAGCGUGAAAAAACUGACCCAAUUUCACAACCGAAAAACCAUACCCUUCAUUCUUUCUGUGGAAAAGAGAAGAACAGACCGAAACUUCUUUCUAUUUCCCCUCCCAAAUACAGGCGUGUUAUUUACGAAUAUUCGUUGAAGUUCUCGCCAGGAGGUAGGACAGUUACUAGGUUGUCAGCCGGCUAUCUAGUUUUAAAUAUGUACAUGUCUCGUUAUGCAUUUUAUUUUUGUCAUAGCGUAAUUACCUAUAUGUCGUUUGAGUUAACACGAGAUAGGGGGAAUCCCAUACUGCCUUGCAGUUUCAUUUUUCUUUUCUUUUUUUUCGGUCUAAAAAAAGUGUCAAGAGGGAGUUCCGUUGGAGUUUCCGUUGUUUCAUGAUCCGUUAGCUGUCACUAUGGAUUAUAAUUUUAAUGACUGGCUGCAUAUAGCGCUAAAUUAAAGUUUUCUGUUUAAUUGUUCGUGAAUCUGUAUUAGUAUGGAUAUUAUAGGGUAUGGUACCUAUCGGCAAUUACCAGGCAUCAAUUAACCACAGACACAGACAGAAAGCUAAGAAGAAGAAAAAACGCAAAACAAGUCUGAUUUCUGGAAGAGUAAACGGACCUAUCUGAAAACUGUUACAAGAAGAGAAGAUGAAACUCCUGUUUUUCGUCAUCUUUCUCUCCGGCUCCCAAGGUCUGGCUGGCCUCCAUGCCUCUGGCCUUGCGAAAGCCGAACAGGCUGGUGCGCACGAGGGCCAAGUGGGAGCUUUGACUAAUGGCAGCAGCAUCCUUGGGCAGGCCUGGUCUAACCUGACAGUGAACAGAGGAAACUGCUACACAGAGGAUAACCUGUUCAGUGUACAGGGCAGCGUGGGGGAGUCUCUCGUCCUGAAAUGCCACCGGCAAUCUCGUGCUUCCCUUAAUUCCAGCAUCACCUGGAAGAAGAACUGCUCAUCGGAACUGCGCUCCGGAGAAAGCCUUAUCUUUCAAAGUCUUACGACAAGUGACGCUGGAUAUUACACCUGCACAUGGUCCUUCAGCAAUGGAACACAGGUGUACACCAUGUCUAGAACCCAGGAGCUGAAGGUGGAUGAGGGUCGUGUUGUGCUUGAUCCUAAGAUUAUUCAGCCGCUGGACAAUGCCGAAAUAAAGGUGGAUGUGGGGAAAGCAGCUGUGGUCUCAUGUGUAGUGGUGCUUCAUUCUGAGCCAGAAUUUGAAUUGAUUUUCUGGAUGAAGAAGACAAAGUGGGUAUCAAAGGAACCCAGCGAGCCUGUCUUUUACAACGAAACCAUAGAGCGGCAGAUGAGCGGGAAAUACCACAUGAUCGCAUCACUGGUGUUCAGACGCGUGACCCCAGAACACCUCAACACUAAGUACACUUGCAAAUUAGACUCACCAAUUCCUUCCUCAAUUAAUGUGUCCAUCACCCUGACAGCGAGAGGUGAUGCUCCAUCACCUUUCCUGUGGUUGGGGAUUGUGAUGUUUGCUGUCGUUGCAUCAGUGGUUACGGUCAUCUACGUGAAGUUCAAAAUAGACAUUGUGCUGUCUCUCCGACAACUCAGGGGUGCUUCCUCCUCUGUUAAAGAUGGAAAGCAGUAUGAUGCCUACAUAAUGUAUUAUAAGGCAGCCAGCGAGGAGGCCCUGACAGAGGAGGAGCAGAGGCUGAUCCCCCGCAUACUGGAGACUGAGUUUGGCUACCGGCUGUGCCUGUACGAGCGAGACAUCCUCCCAGGCAGAGCGGUACCGGAAGCGGUGCUGGAGCACAUUGGGCAGAGUCGGAGGCUGGUGCUGCUCCCAGGCACCCUGGAGGCGGAGCACGAGAGCUGGGUGAAGGGCAUGGCUGGGGGCGGGGCCGGAGACGAGCAGGGUCUGCUGAGCGGGCUCCACGCGGCACUAGUGGAUCGGCAGACCCGGCUGAUCCUGGUGGAGAGAGCCCCGCGCGGCAAGCAGGACUCCCUGCCCGAGCCGCUCCAGCUGCUGGUCCGCUCUGGAGGCGCCGUAGCUUGGAGGGGUGACCGCUCCACGCCCCUCUCUUCCCCCUUCUGGAAGAAACUGCGCUACCAUAUGCCUGCCCAGAAGAGCCCCAAGCACAGAGUAGAAAGCAUGACUAUGCUGUGAAGGAAAGGAGAGGGGGAACAGAGAACUGUGUGGAAUUCCUGAAAUGUGAAAGAAGAGAGAACGCCAGCUCUGUGAAGUACUUAUUUUUAUCUGCUUUGGUUCCUCUCAGAUGGUGCUCUGAUUUUUAGGAGCACCAAGGGUGCAUAGGACACCUAUUGUUUUUGCUAGGAUUCUUCUUCUUCCGCCUCUUCGCACCAUUUUGAAUUUUUUCAAAAACCUGAUUCUCACCAAAUUCAGCAUGUGUUAUCUGCAGCCCAUUGCUGUGUUAAAUUGUUAUAAAGGACAUUUUUAUACAUAAAAAGAUGGCCACAGGACUGUAAUUUACAUUUAGGAAAAAUGGCUGACCACUCACAAAAUAUUCGUAUGGCCACAAAUUCACGUUGAUUGCAACGAUACUUCAGGGGAUGAUAGAUAGCAAUAUUAUGGUUUACCGUGCACAGGCUCACUGUGUCAUAGUGGAAUAUGACCUGUAGGGGAGCGCUUGUUGCAAAAUACUAAUUUUGAAUAGGCUCUAUACAUGCACAAAAUUUCUUCCUCCUCAUCCUGAAAAAAAUUUGCUCAGAGAACUCUUAAAUUCUUCCCUAUUGGAUUUUCUGCCAUUUUGAAUUUUUUGAAAAACACGAAUCUACAAUGUUAGUCCAAUUCUCACCAAAUUUGGCAUGCAUGAUCUACAGCAUGUCCCUGUGUUAAAAUGCAGAAUACAUUUUGAUAUUUCCAAAGAUGGCCACAGGACAACAAUUUACAUUUAAGCAAAAUGGCUGCCCACUUCCAAAUUAUGCGUAUGGCCCCAAUUUUAGGUUGAUUGCUAUGGUACUUCAGGGGAUCUUAGAUUGUUUGUUAGAUUACAAAAGAACACCAGCACCAAUGUCGACAGUAGUAUUGUGAAUGAUAGAAUUGAUAGAGUGUGUGUUGUUAAUAACGUGUUACGUCCCCAGCCUCUGCUUGCCUGGGUAGUGCAGGUGGAGGUAAUACCUAAUUGCUUAAUUGCUUGAUUGCCUCCACCUGCCUGUGGCCCAGUAUAAGCCCUGCAGUAUGAGGCAGGGGAGAUCUUCUUUGGGGCUUCUUUUGUGUGGUUUGCGUUUUGGUGGUUUGGGUAGAGAUCUUUUAUUGUGUGAACUUUGUGUGUUUUUGUUUGUGCCUUAGUUUGUAAUUUAGAUUAAUAAAUGUCUGGCUUUAUUUUUA